AUGACCAGUGAGAACAUCAACUACAUGGCACAACUUAAAAAGAGAAAUACUGUUAUACAACAACCUGUGUCUGAGUCAGUCCAGCCAGGAGACUCUGUGACUCUGAACUGUACAAUACACACUGAGACCUGUGCAGGAGAACACAGUGUCUAUUGGUUCAGACAUGGUUCAGGAGAAUCCCGUCCAGGAAUCAUUUACACCCAUGGAUACAGGAGUGAUCAGUGUGAGAGGAGCCCUGAGACUGGGUCUCCUACACAGAGCUGUGUCUACAACCUCCCCAAGAGGAACCUCAGCCUCUCUGAUGCUGGGACUUACUACUGUGCUGUGGCCUCAUUUCCAGAGCAUGAUUCCCCAUUUGAUCUGAGUCCUACUGUUCUGUCGUUGGUGGUGUCCAACAUCGUUUUGGGGAUAGUGACCCUUCUGCUGGUCUGGGCACUGUGCAAGACUCGGAACAGAGAUAGUAGAGGGGGUGGUGUGAGGCGCGACCCAGGUGCGGUGCAGGAGUAG